CAUCGAGUCUGGUUCAAAUCACACCCACCAACAGAAGAAGUAGGCGAGGCCUGCAGCGAAUGUAGUGGAAUUCCGUGUCUGGCCGCGUGCAUGACUGCCUCUUCUUCCGGCCAUCCUCGACCUGACACCCGCACGCCGCCUUCCACUCUCGGACUGAGCAACGAUCCGCCCUGACUGGCCUCAUUCAACGAGAGUAUGCUCCGACAAGAUGCCCAUCAAGGUCUUCCUGAGAGACACGCCGCAGCGCGCCAUCGCCCUCGGCACCGAGACUCACGUCCUCAUCUUCCGGCAUAGUCCGCCAACCACCGCCUCCACCUCCACCACUUCCCUGCCCGACUCCAGCACUGCACCGCGAUGCAUUGUCGAAUUCGCGCCAUGGGAGGACGUGGAUAUGAGGGAGUAUCGCUCCCUCCCUUCCCUCGACAUCAAAGGCACGCUCGGCUUGGUGACCAUCAACAACGACGUCUUCAUCUGCGUCGUCACCAACAGCAAGAAGACGGCCACCGUGCGUCCGGGCGAGAGCAUCCAGCAGAUCCUCGCAGUCGACUUCCACUGCCUCACCCGCUCCGACUACGACCAGCUGCUCUACACCCAAAUCAACCCCUUCCCCACCGACGACCUCGACCCGGACGGCUAUGACCGCUCCAGCAUCCGCGGCGAUUCCUCCCUCGAUCACCCAUGUCUUCAACUCAAGAAGCUGCUCAGCGGCGGCAGCUUCUACUACAGCUCCAACUUCGACCUCACCAAGCGCCUGCAGGACCGCCCGGCCGAUGCCACCACCGUCGCCAUCGAUAGUCUCGACGCCGGCUACUUGUGGAACGCGUACAUGAUCCAGCCGCUCGUCGAGUUCCGCUCGCGUCUGUCGGAGCGGAAGAAGAAAGCCCUCGACGACUCGGGCAUCAUCACUUCCGCCAUCCGCGGCUUUGCUGCUACCCUUGCCGUGCCGGCCUCCUCAUCGCCUGCCCGUAUCAACUCCUCCGGUAUGCCAUCCACCAUGACUCUCAUCUCCCGCCUAUCAUGUCGGCGAGCGGGCACACGAUUCAAUGCCCGCGGUAUCGACGAUGACGGGAACGUGGCCAACUUUGUCGAGACCGAGACCGUCUUUUGCACCGACCAGCUCUGCUUCUCCUAUGUCCAAUGUCGCGGCAGCGUCCCGGUGUUCUGGGAACAGCAGAGUGGGCUGCCGGGCCAGCAGAAAAUCCAGAUCACGAGAUCUCCUGAGGCCACCAAGCCUGCAUUCGACAAGCAUUUUGACAUGCUUUCAAAGGUGUAUGGUGAUAUCUUCAUUGUCAACCUCCUCAGCAGCGAGAAGCCGGGAGAAGCGCAGCUCAUUCAGCUCUAUGACGAGCAAAUCAGAACGAGCCAGCUGAACGAGCAAGUUGAGUCGCCUACUGACGCCACCGCGAGUGAGCACCAACAUCUCCGCUCCGUCAACUACGACUUUCACGCCGAGACUCGAGGCCCUGGCGGCUACGACGCAGCUCGUGGAAUCAAGCGUUUUAUCAUGGAAUCCGGCAUCGCGUUCGAAUACUACCUCACCGAAGACAUCCAGGAGGCGGUGCAUAGCAACGCCCGCAGGCAGUCGGCUUAUGGACAGAAUGAGGUGCUCAAGCAGAAUGGCAUCUUCCGAACCAACUGCCUCGACUGUCUAGACCGUACCAAUGUCGUGCAGACCGUCAUCUCUCAGAUGGUGCUGGAGGUCUUUCUCAUCCAACAAGGCGAAGACCACCCCACUUCUGACUUCUGGGCUCGCCAUGGCAUGCUAUGGGCGGAUGAUGGCGAUGCCCUCUCCAAGAUUUAUGCAGGCACUGGCGCUCUCAAAUCAUCCUUCACGAGAUCCGGCAAACACUCCCUCGCCGGCGUGCUCGCUGAUGUCCGCAAGUCUGCACAACGCUUCUACGUCAACAAUUUUGAAGAUAAAGGAAGACAAAACACAAUCGACAUGCUUCUGGGACGAUUGAUUAACCAGAUGCCCGUCAGUCUGUUUGAUCCAGUGAAUGACUGGGUCACUGCGGAAGUUGGUCGCCGAGCGCCCGAAUAUACCUCCUCAUCAGAUGUCAACAUAUGGAUUGGAACAUUCAACUUGAAUGGUAAAACCACAGGCACCGCUGAGGAUCUACGACCUUGGCUUUGCCCGAAGAAGGUCGAUCCCGAGCUUGGCUUGCCGGAAAUAUAUGGCGUUGCGUUCCAAGAGAUAGUAGAUUUGGAUGUGCAGCAGAUCCUCUCCACCGAUCCAAACAGGAGGCACGUGUGGGAGGAGGCGGUGCGGAAGACGCUCAACUCCAACGCUCAGAAGCAAGGCGGAGAGGAGUACGUCUUGCUACGAGGCGGCCAGCUCGUGGGAGCUUCGCUGUCCGUCUUUGUGAAAUCGAGCGUGCUGCCGUACAUUAAGAACGUCGAAGGCGCCGUGAAGAAGACGGGGAUGAGCGGGAUCGCGGGCAAUAAAGGAGCCGUGGCCAUCCGAAUGGAUUAUGCCGAUACUUCCAUCUGCCUCGUCACAGCACAUCUCGCUGCCGGCUUCGCAAAUUACGACGAGCGAAACCAGGACUACCGCACCAUCAGCAACGGCUUGAGGUUUCAGCGAGAUCGAUCGAUCGAGGACCACAAGACGGUCAUCUGGUUCGGCGACUUCAACUACCGCAUCGGCAUCGGCAAUGAACGAGCGAGGCAGCUCAUUGAAAAGGGAGACCUAGGCACGCUGUACGCAAACGACCAGCUGAACCUGCAAAUGGUGCACGGCAGAACCUUUCCACAUUAUUCCGAGGUCACGCCGACCUUCCUGCCGACGUACAAGUUCAACAUCGGCUCGGACGAGUAUGACACGUCGGAGAAGUCGCGUAUCCCCGCCUGGUGCGACCGCAUCUUGACCCGCGGCGACAACCUCCGUCAGCUAUACUACGCCUCGGCGCCGCUGAGGUUCUCCGACCAUCGACCCGUCUGGGGCCUGUUCCGCUGCACCAUCAGCGUGGUCGACGCAUCGAAAAAGGAUGAAAUCGCCGCGGAGCUCUAUAACAAACGGCGAGCAAUCGUAGGGGACCGCACAGCCAACACCGCCGACGACAACAGCGACUACGACGAGCUAUACGGCUACGAAGCAGUAGAGGAAGGCCUCCCGCCCGCCAGCUCCGACAAGCGCAAAUGGUGGCUCGACAACAGCAUGCCCGCGACGUCCGAAGUCGACGCCCCGACUCACAACCACAUCCCCAACCCCCGACGCCCCUCCAACCCCUUCUCCCCAACCUCCGAACCGGACUGGGUGAGAGUCGAGAAACCCUUCGCCCCGCAACCCCCGCCUCGACAACAGCAACAAACCUCCCAACCCACGAACGCCACCGCCAAAUCUCUACCCACCCGCGAAGCUACUACGUCCGCCACCGGCACAUCACGCCCCGGACUCGACGGCACAGCCGCCUCCGAAACCGACGACAGCAACAACACAACCCGCACCCACCACCUGCGCGAAACCCUGCGCAAACCCGCUCCGCCCCCCAAACCCAACCUCCUCCGCAGUGCAAGCAGCCAGUCCACCACCCAACAAGCCAACCGCACUGCUCCGCCCCCACUACCCGAGCCCAGGCGCAAAGCGAACGCUUCCUCGAGUACGGCUAAUGGCCGUGCAUCCCCUGCUGCCACGGCACCUGCUUUGCCUGCGCGACAUCCGCGGGCGUCAACGGGGCUAAUGGAUGAGGGGGAUGGCGGUGAAGGGCUGACGGAUUGGAUUCCGCUCCGGCCUCAAGGGCAGUGAGUGGAGGUGCUGAGAAGGACUUGGGUGGGGUUUUCUAGCUGGUUGGAAGAGGGGAGAUGAGGCUUUUGGGCGGGCAUAGCGUGAAUUCGAGGCAGCGUAGCAAUUGCAGUAUUCACGCCCGUACGGCGUUUCUCCUGCUCCUUGCUUGACCUUCUCAUUGCUCUUCUUUUAUCUGUAACUCCUCCUUCUCUGAUCAAGCUCCAUGAGAACGAGUCUAAUGGGCAAGCAACACGUUGAUUCGAGGUGUUGUAGCUAGGUGACUGCGAACGCCCAUAUGGCGUCUCUCUUCCUCUCGAUUCAACUUACUAAACGCGCCCAUAUGAUCC